AUGGCUGCACAAACGAAUCCAGGUGGUGACACCCUAAUACAUGAUGCGCCAGACCUGGAUUCACAGCCUCAAGGGCGAGAUGAAGCGCAAGGCGACCAGAGCGAAGACAGCGAAACCCGCGCCGACCCUGAUGCGCAUACCACUGUUACCGACUUCCUCGACUUCACCGAGUACCUGCCGUCCGACAUGACGCGCUCUCUCACAUUGAUUGGGCAGCUGGACCAGAGAUACAUAGACGCGUCGCACGAGAUCCACGACCUGACGAAGAGAUGGGGACAGCUACCGACGAUUCCCGUCAACGAGCGACCGUCACCAGUCAAGCUUCGGGCCGACAUAUCAGAGCAGCUUAACCAAGCGCUCAGCUCGCGAACCAUCGCUCACGCUGAGGCUGUGAGGAUGUCCGAGCACGUUGAUCGACACUACAACAAAGCCAAGGCCUUGCUCGCCAAGCUACAGACCAUAAUGGACAACUACCCUGCCGAAGCUGACAUUCCCAAGAGUCCGGUCAUGUCACGCUCUCCACAAGCGACACGGAACAAGGGCGCUGCCAAAGUGCCUGGCGAGGAAGGGCAGAGACGGAAGCCAAAGAUCCCCAAGAUCACUGUGCCGGGCCAGGUCCUAGCACCGUAUGACAUUGAAUACGAUACCGCCACGGAUGGCAGUGCGGAGAGCUCUGAGGAGGAGGACGACGCUGUCGUAGGAAGCACGCGGAGGACGCCAGCGCCCGUCUCACGGAUCAAGCUCGUCACAGCUACUGAGAAAAAGACACCGAAAACCGGCAGCCGACCUCCGCGGGCCACACCGCGGACGGUAGCACCAACAUCUGCCGAGCUUCAGGCGCAUGAGGCUGCCCUGCAGAACCCACCACCUCCAAAUGCCGUGGUGGGCAGUGCCGACGCUCCCUGGCUGCAGUUGACGGACUUUGAACUGGCCAAACUCCGCAAGCGCAUGAAGAAGAACGCGACGUGGACACCAAGCGAGACAAUGGUUGCUCGGGAGUUGAGUGCUCUCGGGAGGGGCCCCGAAGAGUACAGAGAGGCCAAGAGGAAGGCCGAAGAGGAGGGCAAGCCCUUCGAUCCCACAAUACCUACGCCACUACCUACCCAGGACGGAUCAACGGGCCAGCAGUUGCCUGCGGGUGCUAUCAGUGCCGACUCGCUUGCUGCCGAAGAGGUCCCUACCAGCAACCGCGGCAUGAAGCUCAACGAGGCCAAGAGACUGAAGCGAGAGGCUCUCGCAAAACUUGCCGCGGAGGAAGCAGAGGAGACAGCUCGCAGUAUGACGGCAACGGCGCAGUUGCUCUUGGGCAGCUCGCAAGACACGCCAUCCAACAGAGACGCUGGCAGGGCGUUGAGCAAAGCGCAAUCUCAAUCUGCUGCUAGGCCUGUCAACAAGCGCAAGAGGGAGGCUGAGGCCGAUGCGACUAGCGAGGCUGCCGAAGGAGACGAAACCCCAUCAGCUAGGCCUCUCGUCAAGCGUACCAAGACAGAGACACCAGUUCCUCCGCCUCAGAUCGGGCGACUGCCCCCGGCAUCAGUGACAAGAGAAACCACAGCUACCAGGCGGCAUCCCACGCCAGCAUCUAGCACCGGAGGGGGCUUUACAGAGACACCGGUUCCUAUCCCUGUCCCGUUGAAAGCAUCAGGAAGCUCGAAGAGUGCUCGUGCGCAGCAGUCACCGACCCCCAGCAUUGUUUCCACGACCAACCAGACAAGAGCAGCAUCUGCGGCGGCGGCAGCAGCAGCAGCAGCCAAGGCCCCAGGGAAGGAGACGCCUGUUCCGUUGCCAAGGUCUUCUGAUAGGCGCCGAUCUGCCGUGACGCCCGCUGCACCUUCACGAGAGGCUCCAUCACGAGAUGCGACCAAGCGGGAGACUCGUGGCGAGGCAGCGAAGCGCAACAGCGAGAGGGAGGAAGCACCUGCUGUCCAACCAGUGCGCGAGCUGCCUAGUCGAUCGUCCGCGCGCGCCCAGAAUGCUUCCGCCACGGAAUCAGAGACAACAACACCUCCGCCGGGGGUGGAACCUGCUACGACGCGUCGACCAAGCUCGCGAGGCAAGGCUCUGAGUCAAGAACCGCAACCUACACUCGCAGCUGAGCGUCCUCGUCGCGCUAGCACCGCGCACAACACGCCAGCGCCCGAAGCGCACCCCCCAAGCCGACGCGCGAAGCGGCCUGCGCCUGGUAUUGUUAGUACCAACAGCAGCGGAGGCAGCGCCGCGGUUGGCAGGCGAAAGGCCGCGCCCAAGAAGAAGAAGAUCCGCACCACCAAGAAGAAGGGCGAUACGGCGGCCGAGGUGGAGUUUUGGGAAGAGGUUGAUGACGAGGGCACCCCGAUUGACCCCGAGGAGCCUCGCUAUUGCCUGUGCAACCGCGUAAGUUUUGGCGAGAUGAUCCAGUGCGAUAACGAUAGUUGCAGGUACGAAUGGUUCCAUCUCGAAUGUGUCGGCUUGACAGAGGAGGAUAUACCCAAGAGGACGACGAAGUGGUACUGUCCAGACUGCCGGAAGAUGUUAAACAUUGGCGAAAAGGGCGAGGUGAGCGCCAGAGGGGUGAAGAGAUAA